AAAUGCAAAAUUAAUCAUAUAUCUUUUUAAUAACUGUCCAGUCUUCUUACUCUAUUCCCUACCAAUUAAUAAAUAAAUCUUCUAUUACAUAUAUAUAUCUCAAUAUGGAUUCAAAAGUUAGCAGCAGCUUACAAAAAUUACUUUCGUAUGAAGAUUUUGAACCUCUAUGCAAAUGGAAACGAGAGGACACUCAAGACACACUAGUGAUCCAUCUCCCAGAUUUCAAGAAGGAUCAACUACGAAUCCAAAUAAGCAAUACCGGGUUAUUAAAGAUCACUGGAGAGAACGUUGAUCAAGAAGGUAAAAAAAAGAGUCGUUUCCAAAAAGAACUCAAGCUUGCAAAGGAAUAUGACUCAACAAAAAUUCAUGCCAAAUUCUCUCAAGGCUGCCUUCGCGUUACUCUGCCUAAGAAAGUCGUAACACCUCCUAUCGUAGAAUCGCCCAUGCCUCAAGAUGAUGUAAGAAAGGAUGUCGUUGAUGCCAUUAAUACAACACCCGAAAAACUUGCCACUUUGAAUGCCACAACAGGAGGAGUAGGUGAUCAAGUGUUGAAGUCGAAACUAUUUACUCAAGUCAUGGUGAACGUUGGGUUUGCAUUGGUUGCGGCUUUUAGUGUUUAUACUGCUUAUAAAUAUUGGACUUCUUAUGUCAAAGUUGAUGAGGAUUGAUUCUUCAUAUAAAGUCCAAUGUCUCAAGUUUAACUAAAUGUAUUUAAUUUGCUUAUGUAACGAAUUAUAUAUUGCAUAUAUGGAAAAGAUGAUGAACUACUUGAAUUGA